GCCGCUCAAUCAAUACUGUUUUCUUCUGGUUAACAACUCAGUACAUUCAGUACCAUUCCCAUCUGCACUAUCAGGCCCAGAUCUGUUGCCAUUGUACAGCUACGAUGACUCAACCGAAUCCCUACAUUCUGGCCGCCGAAAACCCUUCGGGCCUAUUGACUCUUCUGCGCUCGAAUCCAGCCAUCGCAUCCUGUCAAGAUGAGCACGGGUACUCUCUCUUGCACGCCGCGGCUUCGUAUGGCCAUGCGGACCUCCUACGCGCUCUUGUCACACAGUUUAAUGUGGACGUCAACCUUCUCGAUGAGGAUGGCGAGACGUGCCUAUUUGUGACCGAGAACGUUGAUAUCGCCAAAUGUCUCGUUGAGGAGCUAGGUGUGGACUAUAAUAAGAGGAACGACGAAGGGUUAACGGCGCAGGAGACCAUUGAGAGCGACGGCGCAUUCCCCGAUGUCGCAGCAUACCUCGCAAAAGUUAUGGGCAUAUCUCCAUCAGCUCCUGCAGGCUCAUCAUUAGGCGCCUUGAAUGCUCCUCCUCCGUUGCCGCCAAAUAUCAGAGUCAACCUGGGAACAUUAUCGGAGGAGGAAGCGAGCGCAGGGACAGACCAGGUUGACCCAGAGUUUAAACGCCGGAUUGACGAGCUCGCCGCGCGGGAAGACUUCCACAGCGAAGCUACACAAAACCAACUACGACAGCUGGUUAUGGAUGCCCUUAAUGGGUCCAAUAUUGAGACACAGGACAGGGAUGUUCGGCGGAGAACGGAAUAAGACAAGGGAAUCGAAGACGUGAUGAUGAGAACAAAUACCAAUAAGCCAUAUAGCACUGUUCCCAGUUAUAUUACCACCAUGCUCCGAAGGAUACACACACUGGGACUUGUUACCAAGCUGGCAAGGCCUCCUAACUCGAGGGUGAAACCGAGAUGUAAGUCAGCUUUGGCCAAUCGAAGACUCGGAGACCCACAGAGUCGUCGUUUACUUCGCAUAUCAUCCAAGAUGAGGAUGUGGAGUCUCAGUGUCAUCACAAGGGCGUAUGUGCUGCCCAAUUCGUGUAGAUCUUGAUGGUUCGGUUUCUUCGCCAAGACCAGCAAAGUCUUAGAAAGACGGUAUGCACAUCCCUUGGGAUAUCCAAGGAGAGGCGAUAGCCCUUCGCUAUUCAGGCUUCAUUGUAUUGUCAUGCUGAUGCGUCUAUCUUAUCGAAUGUCCAUGUUUCAAAUUUGUGAAUACCUAUGGUCACUCUCCCAGGCGCCCAGUUACCAAUUCGGCU